AUGGACAGGUCAAAGUUAUUCCACUGCGACGUCUGUUCGCUGGAUUGUACUCAUAGAAUUCGAAUAAAGUGUGCCAUUUGCACAGAUUACGACCUCUGUGUCCCAUGUUUUGCUUCUGGCUCCGCAACGCUAGACCAUAAACCAUGGCACGACUACCAAGUGAUAGAACAGAACACUUAUCCCGUUUUUGAAGAAUCAUGGGGUGCAGACGAAGAGUUGUUAUUGAUACAAGGAUGUGAGACAUUUGGUCUCGGAAAUUGGCAAGAUAUUGCCGACCAUAUUGGUAAUCGAUCUAGAGAAGAGGUUGCACAACAUUAUCAGGAAAUCUAUCUAGAUUCAAGUGAAUAUCCACUUCCAGAGAUGAACAAAGACUUUUCACAUAUUCAACCUCAAGAAUUCUUGCAGAAGAGGAAGAAGCGCAUGGAGGAAAGGAAGAACAUGCCUUUGCCUCCUCCAAAACUCAAACCGGCAGCUUCUGUACCAUUAUGUCACGAAAUUCAAGGCUACAUGCCUGGUAGACUCGAGUUUGAUCAUGAAGCCGAGAACGAGGCCGAAGUUCCUAUCAAAGAUAUGGUGUUUGACCCUGAUGAUUCUGCUGGUGACAUUGAGCUUAAGCUUACCGCCUUGGAUAUCUAUAACUUCAGAUUGACUACUAGAGCGGAACGGAAACGUGUCUUGAUUGCUAACAAUUUGCUCGAAUACCGUAAGAAUAUUUCCAACGACAAGAAGAAGUCCAAGGAGGAAAAGGAAUACUUGCGUAAGAUCAACGCUUUUGUUCGUGUGAUGACUCCAGAAGACUUUGAACAAUUCUCUGAAGACAUUCUCACUGAACUACGAUGCCGUAUUAGGAUCCAGCAACUUCAAAGCUGGCGCAGGAACGGUAUUACUACAAUGGAAGACGGUAAUAGGUUCGAGAAAGACAAACUUAUUAGACUGGCUCAUUAUCAAAGAAUGGGUAAUGGUUCAGGAUUAGCUGCAAGACAUGCUGCUGCUGCACUGGCUGUGAGCAAUGGCACCCGCAAGUUGAACACUCCACAACCCGAGUAUAAGCCCAAGAUCAACACGUCUAACCCCAGAGCCCCUCUCGACAUAUCGCACGCUACAGACUUCGAGCUACUUUCUCGUGAGGAAAAACAGCUCUGCUCUACGCUUCGCAUUUUGCCGAAGCCAUAUCUUGCAAUUAAGAAUCAGCUAAUGAAAGAGGCUAUUAAGAAUAACGGUACAUUGAAGAAGAAAGACGCUAGACUGUUCCUUAAAAUUGAUGUCAACAAGGCCUCGAAGAUCUACGAGUUCUUCGUACAGAUGGGCUGGUGUUCUCAAGGCUAG